AUGGUUAAAACACUCCAACAAGAUCGAUUAAAACUAAAUUUUUUUAAGAUCAUGCCUAAAGAAGAAGGUAUGAUGUCAUCAUUAAAAUUUAUUAGUACUAAAAUAAAUUUAUUUUCAGUCGCAACAAUAAAAGUAUUUGGUGAUGCAAUAAAUCCUUCUAUACCGUCUAAAACAUUACUUCUAUCGAAAAAAGAUACAGCAUCUUGGGUUGUUAAAAAAAUGCUUGACAAAUACGGAUUGAAACAUGAGGAUCCAAAAAAAUAUUGUUUAAUUCAAAUUGUCAUUCCUCCACGUUAUCAAAUGGAUAAUAAAGCUAUUAAAGAAAUAAUAUUACUCGAUAAAGAAUGUCCAUUAAAUAUUUGUUUAAAUCAUUCAGGAAGAUGCCAAGGAUCGAUUAUAUUUAAAGUAAUAAAAUGUCCACCGGAAUAUAUCCAACUUUUAAAGCAAGAAACAACUUCAAAUAGAAGUAAAAUUCUAUCAAUACAAGAUCGAACUAUUCAUGAUCAACUUUGUAUGUUUUUCGAAAUUAAUCAAGAUGGUACUGAUCUUGAAUCACCUCGUGUAUUCAAACUUUAUCGAGAUACAACAUAUGUUGGUCGCGAUCCAAAAUCAGCGAUUGGAAAGCAAUAUUUUUAUAUUGAUGGUACUGGUAUUGAUCGUGAUCAUUGUACAAUACAAAAUCAAAAUGAUAUUGUCACACUAAUUCCUCGUGGUGAAAUAUGGUUAAAUGGGAAACGUGUUACAACUACAUUUGUUCUUAGACAUGGAGCCGUAAUUCGUUUUGGAAGAAAUACAAAAUUUUGUUUUUAUGAUCCACAAGUUAUUCAAAAAUCAAAAUUAAUAUCAAGACCAAUAAAACAAGAGAAUGCAGAUAGAUCAGCUCCAUACGGUUCUUUACCAAUAUUAACGAUGAAUGGCGGUGAUAAAGCGAAUGAUUUUCCGCCAGGAGCAUCAAAUAUUCGACCAAAAAAGACAUCAACAAUUAAUGUUGUUGAAAAAGGAUCAAAAAUCGAUGUACUACCGGGAUUAUUAGAAGUUUUUUCUGAAACUGAAACUCGAUUUCUACAUGCUGUUUUUGAUAAUUAUCCAUUAGAAAAUAUUCAUUUUCGUCUAUCACCUAUUUACACACUGUAUAUGACACUAAGACAUCGUCUUUCACCCUAUGGAAAAAUAAACGUAACAUUUUUACAGAAACAAGAAAAUGUUAUUUCUUUACUGCAUCAUAUUGAACAUAUGAUAAAUAAAAAACUUGAAGAAUGUCAACAGCAUAGUGGGUAUCUUGCUUAUUGGCUAUCAAAUACGUCUGAAUUGCUUUAUUUUCUAAAACAUGAUCGAGAUUUAUCAAAAAUUUCUCAUGAUAUACAAGUUCGCUUAACUGAAUCUAUUCGCCGUUUAUUUGAUUAUUUAAUAAAUUGUUUACAAAAUGAGUUAGAUAAGUAUUUAAUGGCAUUUAUUAAUUCACGAAAUGAUGGUGAACAUGAUAUUCAUACAACAACAUCAAUACGUAGUUCCACAGUUUUAGAAGAGCAUGAUUCAACAAUUUUACAACAAUUCGAUCCACGCUGGAUAAUAUUCGAUCGAAAUAAAAAUCAGCAUCGUCAGACAACAUUGGAUGAUUUACUUACUACACUUUCAUCAAUGAUGAAUUUAUUACGUAAAUGCCGUGUUAAUGUUGGAUUAACAAUUCAGAUAUUUUCAAAAAUAUUUCAUUAUAUAAGCACCUGGUUAUUUAAUCGCAUUGUUUGCUAUCCAGAAUUAAAGUUAUGUUCGUGUAUGUCGGGAGAAAAAUUAUUAGUUGACUUAAAAGCUAUUAGUGAUUGGGCACAAAGUCAAGGUUUGGAAUUAGCGUGUGAAUGUCAUUUAAUGAAAAUGAAUCAACUCUGUUUAUUACUUAAAAGUCCAAAAUCUAAUCCACAUGAUGUACAGGAGUUAUUAUCGAAUCAAACGUUUAACAUUAAUUCAAUACAAAUAACACAAAUAUUGAAUAAUUACAUUUUGAGUAGAAAUGAACCAUCGAUUUCGAACAGUUUUUAUCAAGCUCUUCUUUCUGCUGCUUAUAAGCAUGUUGAUGAAAAUCUUUACUGUGCAGGUUCUCCUAUUGAAUUAGCUGAAGAACUCGAUUUAGCUGUACCAUUUUUCUUGCCGGAAGAUGGCUAUUCAUGUGAAAAUUUACGCGGUAUACCAGAAAAAUUAUUUGAAUUUAUUGAACCCAUGAGUCGAUUAGCAUUAUGUCGUUUAUUUACUAAUUCAUUCAGUCUUGGAUUAUGGAUUGAAUUUAUACAAUUGUCAAAAAUCGACAAUAGUAAGAACAAUGAUAAAAUAGAAACAAUUAUAUUAAACAAAAAAGGAAAUAGUCUUGGUUUAAGUAUUGUUUCUGCGAAAAGUGAUUCUCAAGAACAUCAAGGUAUUUAUAUAAAAGGAAUUAUACCUGGUAGUGCAGCACAAGACGAUGGUCGUCUUCACGUAGGCGAUCAGAUCCUUUAUGUUGAUAACAUAAGUCUUCUUGAUAAAACGAAAGAAGAAGCUGCUAAAGUACUUAAACACUGUGGGCCUUCAGUUAGAUUACAGCUAUAUAAAGAUGCAGCUAAUCGUUAUGGUCUUUCAGCUUUACUUACUUCAUCAUUGGAUAAUCACUAUGGUUCGACUGAUCUUCAUUCAAAACCAAAUUCUUCAUUAAUCUCAUGCCAAUAUCCCCAUUCAACACUUGCUUUACAGACAACAAAUAGUUAUGAACAAUUAUCAACUACUAAGCAAAAUUUAACAACUCGUAAUCAGCAUAAUCUAUUGAGUUCAUCAUUAGUACAGCCUUACUUAAGCAAUGAUUUAUUUUCUAAUGGAAAAGCUAAUCAUCAACAGCGAUCAAAAUCAUCGUCGUAUUUAAUUGAAAACGAUCAAGAAACUCCCUAUGUAUUCCAACAACAUCAAUCUAAUCCAAAUAUUUUUAAUUCAAAGCAAAUAAAUGAACAGCAAGUUGAUAAUAUUGAAAAAGAUCUUCAAAAAAAAACCUUUACUCGAUCAACUAGUCGAACAAAAUCCUUGAUUACACGACACUUAUUUAGAGAUAAACCAGUUGUCUUUCGUGAAGAUAUUCCACCGAAUCAAAAUGAAAGUCAUCAAAUCAAUUCAGCGAUUCCACCUAAAACAUUACCAAAACCAGUGAUUAAUAUUUUUGCAUUAAUGAAGCGACCUAAGUCGACAAAUGAUCUUGACAUAAGUAAAGAAUCAUUAAAUACAAGUUUAUCUUCAUUAACCAAUAAUUUAACUCCAUCAAUAAGAAAUUUUUCAGUUGAAAUUACAGAAAAAAAUUUGAAACCUGAAAUUGAACAGCAAGCACUAACAGAAUCCACAUAUGCCAGUGAAAGUAAUACAAGUGCAAUACGAUCAAAACGUAUUUAUGAUUUAAUAAAUAAAUUUAAUCGCACAGAACAAGAACAAAAAGAAUUAAGUAACUUGCAAGUAGACGAUAAAUUUGAUCGUCGCGUCGAAGAAUUUUAUUCUCAAGCCAAAAACAAUAAUAAUCAAAAAAUUUCUUCUCAAUCAACAAAUGGAACCGAUGAAAUAAACCGAUUUGAUGAAAAAUUAAAACGUCGUCUAGAACAAUUUGAACAGGAAAGAGAAGCUGAACGAGCUUAUAUUAGUCGAAUGUUAGUCAAAACUGAAAAUGACAUUGAAACACGUUUACGUAAAGAUCGAGAACGUGAAAUUCGUGCCGACCGUGAUAUAAAUGAAUUUAAAACUCGACGAUUGUGUGAAGAGGAGCGAAUACUAGAUGCUAAAAAAGAGCAAACUCGUUUAUUAAAACAUAUGCGUUUUCCGAAUUCAAGGAUUGGAGAUGAUCAAUUACCAGAUAUAUCCGAUGGUGAACACACAAGAAUUCAAUUAGAUUCUGAUAAUAACAAUUCAACUCUUCAACAAAAUUCAUUGUUUAUUGACGAACAAGAAAUGCAUGUCAAUCCAAGAUUAAAUACAAAAAUAUUCUCAGCAAAAAAAUGA